GGCGGAGAGGCGGUCGCUGAGUUGAGGCGGCACACACAAGAGCCGUAUCAGCUUGCAAGAGCCGGCAGAUAAUCAUAAGAAUUGGGUCGACAUCCCUUCGUCGGUUCGUCGGCACACGUCGAGGGCUGUUCGCCUCGAGGACUUCUCCUGUGGCUGACCAGGCCAUCGAGGAGAAGUCCCUGCCGCCACUUGCAGCAGCGGCCCUGUUGGCGGUCCCUCUCGUCUCUUCCACUGCCCUCGGCACGUGCUGCAGCAAGAUGGCCUUCACGGCAAAGCGGCUGGGCAUCACGGUGUUCAAUCCACAGUUCCCGCCCACCAUCAACGUGCAGGGUAUCAUCCCCUGUUCGAAGAUCCGCGAGGACAAGGGGCUGGUCGGCUUCACCAAGCAGCCCGCCAAGACGACCAUCCGUGACCCGCCUCAAUUCUCCAAGAGCGUGAAGCUGCAGCUGGCUGACGGUGGUGAGGGGGGGCGGCAGCGAUGCCGGCGUCGACACGGCAGAGGCGCAGCUGUAUGA